AGCAUAAGCCCUCGCCCUCCGAGUCCGAGCGGCAAGCGAAGUGAGGACUGAGCCGAAAUAAAUUGAAUUGAAUUGAAUUGAAUCAGUAGUAAACUAAACUUGUUGCUCAUGGCUUCUGCUUUGGCCACUUCCUUUGCUUCCCAAUUGCUCCCUCGCGCCCCACCCAAAGGUCUCCCUUUGCUUCGUCCCACAGUCGCACCUGUGUCUGUAGCUGUGAGAGUCCGAGCUAGCAGGCCGUUAUCCGCUGUGGCGGCGGCGAAGAGUAAUUCCAAUCCUCCGCCGACGACGAGCCCUAACAAAAGCAGUAAAGCAGCAGAAGAAGAAGGCGUUGAAGAAGUGGAAGAGGAUCUACCCUGGAUUCAAGAGAAGGCCUUGGACCUGGUGGAGUUCACCGGCUCUGUCACGCAGGCCAUUCCUGGACCCAGAGUUGGCACCAGCUCGCUCCCUUGGAUUUUGGCUCUUCCUCUCGCUUAUGCCGGUCUCACUUUUGUCAUCGCCGUUGUCAAGACCGUCAAAAAGUUCUCUUCCCCUCGACAUAAACGCAAGAAACUGGUCAAUAAAAAUGCUAUGCUAUGCAAAUCAAUAGACGAAAUGUUUCAGAAUGGCUCCGACCAAAUCACGCCUGAUGCCCUGAAACAACUCGUGCAAAAGACAGGUUUUGGCAUGGAGGAGAUUUUGCGCAAGUACAUCCGUUAUACUUUGAAUGAAAAGCCAUUCAACCCAGACAUGGUUUCCAAUUUAAUUCAGCUCAGGAAAGCUUCCUUAUUCGAUGAUUCUCAGGUGGCUGAAAUUCUAAAUGAAAUUUCAAGAAGAAUUGUGCGAGACAAAGGCCCAGUUGUAAUGGAUAUGGCAGGUUAUACUGAACGGGGUUUUAAAAGAAAAUUAGCCGUUCAAGCCCUAUUUGGAAAGGUGUUCUAUCUGUCAGAGCUCCCAGAGUUCUGUUCGAGGGAUAGCUCCUUAAUUGUCAAAGAAAUAUUUGGUGUUACAGAUGAAGAUGCAGACAGAUUACGGAUACAUACAGCCUCUGAAGCUGGGGAUAUAGAAUCACUAAAAAAAAAGUUUGAUGUUUCAGAUUCAGAAGAUGAGCCCUAGCUCUUCUUGGAUAAGGUGCAUCAUACCGAUGGAGUUCAGCUCAGAAAACAUUAGCCAUAUCAAAACGUUAUCUUUUUUUUCUUUGGUCUUUUCUCGGGAGCAUGUGGGCUUAAAAAAUUUUGUGGGAGCAUCUGUUUGAAUACCGUCACAUAAAGUGUGCAUCAACCGCAUUUUCAAAUAGACUAUGUUUGUUUUAUCA